GAUUGUGAUUUCAAUCUGGCAACCCAGUCCGCAGUAGUUUAGGGGCUAGGCUUGCGCUCGAGGGGGAUUAGAAGAUUAGUCAAUUUUUGACUUUGGCUCAUUUGUUUGUGGUUUAUUUCCAUUCCUGUGGUCCAGAUUCUCAGGGUAUCCAUGCUGUGCCUGACUGCAGGACGACUGGGAACGCUGUUGUCCAGAAGGGCAGUGGCAGCUCUCAGCACGGCUAGUACCAGGAUGGCCAGCCAUGGCCACGUGUCACAGCAGGCUGACAUGUCUCUGCCCAUGUACUGGGAUCGUCGGGACUCCCCGCUACCAGACAGACCUUACAACAAUUCCCUUACUGCUACUGAGGAGAGUCUGAAACAGAAGGAGAAAGGACCAUGGAACAACCUUUCGAAGGAGGAGAAAAUUGCCUUGUACAGGAUUAUGUUUAAAGACACGUAUGCAGAGAUGAAGAAGCCCUCCAGUGAGUGGAAGACUGUGCUGGGUGGAAUCUUCUUUUUUAUCGGUUUCACUGGUCUGGUGGUGCUCUGGCAGCGCAUCUAUGUCUAUCCUCAUCCUCCUCGUACGUUUGAUGAAGAGUGGGAGGCUAAGCAGGUGAAGAGGAUGUUGGACAUGCGAGUGAACCCAGUGCAGGGCUUCUCUGCUAAGUGGGACUAUGAGAAGGGCCAGUGGAAAUAAGUUCACUUCCACCUUCAUCUGUUAAAACCAUGGUGACUGUCCCCAACCAUCCAAAAUGAAGUGAUUAAAAUAAUCAGAAGUUAAAUAAAAUGUGAUGAGUAUUCUUACAAUGAGUGGAAAUGAUGCCAGAAGCCUGCCACUAUUCUUCUGCCACUAAUUGUCUGAGAGUAGUGUGGAAUAAACCAUUUGGUAUGGAAUAAAUCAUGACUUGAGUCUCUCUAAAUCAUGACAUGGUCUCAUCCUAACAUGUAUUCACUUUAGAAUAAUCUUGUUUUCAUAUCAUCUCUCCCCACUAUAGCCCGAAAGACACCUCUGUGCACACGCACAUGCACACACACACAAACAUUCAAAUCUUUAAUGACCACAAGCACAGAUCUGGUCCUUUUUGCGAUUGGUCUUUAUUCACUUUUGAUGAUAGACAUUAAAAAAUUUCUAAGACAUAAAACAUUCAAUUUGGGAGAUGGUGGUGUUUAAAUAAACCAAAAGCUUUAAAAAAAUA